AUGGAGGUUAGGUAUGAGGAUGGAAAUGGUUAUGUGAAGUCAAAUUCAGGAGACAAGGCCCUACAGGAACAAAACAACACUCUUGCUAAGAAGAUAAAGGAGAAAGAGAAGGCACUAGCAGCACAACAAACACAGAUGGAGCGACAAGGUGAUGAAAUCGAUCUAGCUUCCUCUGUCCUUGUACCUCAACCAUUGGAGACAUCUAAUAUUAGAGGGUGCUCACAAGUAAGAGAUGAUGGAGGAGAUAAUGAAGGAACAGCAACUCCAAGUCGAGCAAAUGCCAUUCUUCCACCUUGGAUGCUGCGUCCUACAAAUGAAUAG